CUGGGGGAAGAAUCAACACACCGGGGAGCGGAGCGGCGCGGACCGAGCACCGAGGCGGCCGCUGCCUCCGCCGCCGCCUCCGCCGCCGCCGUCGGGGCUCCAGCUUCGGGCCCGCGCCCCCCCCAGUGCCCGCGAGCCCCCGGGCCGCGCCGCGAGCGCCUCCGGAGGGGGGGGGAAGGGCCCGGUCCUCCUUCUCCCCCUCCUCCCGCCCCACCGACCCCCGCCGCGCCCCGCCGGCCUCCCACCACGGCCUCUCUCGGCGAGGAAACUCUGGCCUCCGCUUCCUCCUCCUCCGACUCGGACGCCGGCGGAGCCUCCCCGCCCCCGCGGAAGAAGCCCCGAGCCUCGGCGGCGGAGGGAGCAGGAGAGCCCGGGGCCUCGGCCGGCCGAGCAGGCCUCCCCCCCCCGCCCUCGCCGGCCGCCUCCUCCUCCGUGGUGGUGGUGGUGGGACUGCCUCCGGCCGCCCCCGCCGCCCCUCAGCGGAGCAGCGGCCACAGCCUGGUCAGCGGCGGCACCAUGCAGGCCAACGGGGCGGGAGGAGGCGGCGGCGGCGGCGGGGGCCAGGGCCAGACCCCGGAGCUCGCCUGCCUGUCGGCGCAGAACGGGGAGUCGUCCCCCUCGGCGACGUCCGCGGGGGACCUGGCCCACGCCAACGGGCUCCUGCCUGCCGCCCCCUCCGCCGCUAGCAACAAUAGCAACAGCCUGAGUGUCAAUAACGGGGUUCCCGGCGGGGCCGCCGCGGCCUCCGCCACCGCCGCCCAGGCCACCCCCGAGCUGGGCAGCAGCCUCAAGAAGAAGAAGCGGCUCUCGCAGUCCGACGAGGAUGUCAUUAGGCUCAUAGGGCAGCACCUCAAUGGCCUAGGGCUCAACCAGACUGUUGAUCUCCUCAUGCAAGAGUCAGGAUGUCGUUUAGAGCAUCCUUCUGCUACCAAAUUCCGAAAUCAUGUCAUGGAAGGAGACUGGGAUAAGGCAGAAAAUGACCUGAAUGAACUAAAGCCUUUAGUGCAUUCUCCUCAUGCUAUUGUGGUAAGAGGCGCACUUGAAAUCUCUCAAACGUUGUUGGGAAUAAUUGUGAGGAUGAAGUUUCUGCUGCUGCAGCAGAAGUACCUGGAAUACCUGGAGGACGGCAAGGUCCUGGAGGCACUUCAAGUUCUACGCUGUGAACUGACGCCGUUGAAAUACAAUACAGAACGCAUCCAUGUUCUUAGUGGGUAUCUGAUGUGUAGCCAUGCAGAAGACCUACGGGCAAAAGCUGAAUGGGAAGGCAAGGGGACAGCUUCCCGAUCCAAACUGCUGGACAAGCUUCAGACCUAUUUACCACCAUCAGUGAUGCUUCCCCCACGGCGUUUACAGACUCUCCUGCGGCAGGCGGUGGAACUACAAAGGGAUCGGUGCCUAUAUCACAAUACCAAACUUGACAAUAAUCUAGAUUCUGUGUCUCUACUUAUAGAUCAUGUUUGUAGUAGGAGGCAGUUUCCCUGUUACACUCAGCAGAUCCUUACAGAGCAUUGUAAUGAAGUGUGGUUCUGUAAAUUCUCUAAUGAUGGCACUAAACUAGCAACAGGAUCAAAGGACACCACAGUUAUCAUAUGGCAAGUUGAUCCGGAUACACACCUGUUAAAACUGCUUAAAACAUUAGAAGGACAUGCGUAUGGUGUCUCUUAUAUAGCAUGGAGCCCGGAUGACAGCUACCUUGUUGCUUGUGGUCCAGAUGACUGCUCUGAGCUCUGGCUUUGGAAUGUACAAACGGGAGAAUUAAGAACAAAAAUGAGCCAAUCUCAUGAAGACAGUUUGACCAGUGUAGCCUGGAAUCCAGAUGGGAAGCGCUUUGUGACGGGAGGUCAGCGUGGUCAGUUCUACCAGUGUGACCUGGAUGGGAAUCUUCUGGACUCCUGGGAGGGAGUGCGAGUGCAAUGCCUGUGGUGCUUGAGUGACGGGAAGACUGUGCUGGCUUCGGACACACACCAGAGAAUCCGGGGCUACAAUUUUGAGGACCUGACAGAUAGAAACAUAGUACAAGAAGAUCAUCCUAUUAUGUCAUUUACUAUUUCAAAAAAUGGCCGAUUAGCUUUGUUAAAUGUAGCAACUCAGGGAGUUCACUUAUGGGAUUUGCAAGACAGAGUUUUAGUACGGAAAUAUCAAGGUGUUACACAAGGGUUUUAUACAAUUCAUUCAUGUUUUGGAGGCCAUAAUGAAGACUUCAUCGCUAGUGGCAGUGAAGAUCACAAGGUUUACAUCUGGCACAAACGUAGUGAACUGCCAAUUGCGGAGCUCACGGGGCACACGCGCACAGUAAAUUGUGUUAGCUGGAACCCACAGAUUGCAUCCAUGAUGGCCAGUGCCUCAGAUGAUGGCACUGUUAGAAUAUGGGGACCAGCACCUUUCAUAGACCACCAGAAUAUUGAAGAGGAAUGCAGUAGCAUGGAUAGUUGAUGGCGAAUUUGGAGCAGACGACUUCUGUUUAACUUAAAAUUAGUCGUAUUUUAAUGGCUUGGGAUUUGGUGCAAACAAACAUGAUUGAUAGCUGGACAGACAUGCUCGUCAUGAAAAAAAAGAACCAUUUUGAAGCCCGAUUGGGGCCAAACAUUUACACCUUGCUUCAUAGUAACCAGUUGAUGAAGCACGUCGUUAGAACGUUGUUGGACACCAUGUUGAAUUAUUCCCCAUCGGUUGUGAAGAACUGUGCUACAUUCAGGCUUACCCAUUGAACUCAGUAUAUAUAUUUUUUUCCCUCCUGCCUUUUGUCUGGUGGGAUACCAUUCUUGUUGCUCUUCUGUGUAAUGAAGUUCAAAUGCUUGUUUGGAAACUUUAUUUAACAGUUUAGAAGGCUUAAUAGGAAGAGUUCAUUAGUCUGAAGAGUAUACAUUGAACAGGAAAGAAUUUCCUUUUGUUUCUCCAAAUCUCUCCGCCUUAUUUAGCUUGAGAUCUUUGCAGCUUGGUUCAUGGAUUCUAGCCUUGCCCGUUGCGCAGUAUAUACUGAUCAGAUGAUAAACCAGUGAACUAUGUCAAAAGCACUCUCAAUAUUACAUUUGACAAAAAGUUUUGUACUUUUCACAUAGCUUGUUGCCCCGUAAAAGGGUUAACAGCACAAUUUUUUAAAAAUAAAUUAAGAAGUAUUUAUAGGAUUAAAGUGACUUCAUUUGUAUACAUUUGGAAUCUAAACCAGCUUAAAAACAGUGUCCUCUGUGACUGAGAUAUGCAGUGUAACUGAUGUUCUUCUGGAGUGCCACAUGAGACAUGGCAUGGUCAGAAACAGUGUCCAGAAGGACAUGGCACAGGAAAGCCAGAGAGAUACUUUGAAGGUUCCCCCUUUUUAUUUUAUUCCCGAAGGAACAUCAGUACCCGAUACUGAAGAAAUUCAAGAUUCAAAAGGAAAAUUUUAUAAAUAAACCAACACGGGAGAUCAGCAUCAGUCUAGGUUUUCAAGAAAGCUUGUUCCAAGUUCUUCUGAACUUGGGGGAAUCAUUUUGGUGUGAUCUAGCAAAAGUAGACAUCAGAAGAUAGACCCACUUUGGGAAUUUACAGUGUAGUUGAAUUCAGCAGGCUACAAACAUAUGUAAGCUGGAAUUAAAGCCUGAGUCAUUUCUCCUAAUUGCCCUUAAUGUCCAACAUAGGGACACUCAUUUAAAGACUCCUUCUCAGCUUCUCAGAUGUUGCCAUAAUGAACCUCAUUCAAACUGGUGCUGUGGACAGUCUCCCUCUCCCCUUUUAGUUUACGGGAGCGUUUCCUUUAUGGGGGGGAAAGGACUUCUCUCAUUUUGAAGACCCUAUAUCUAACAUAAGCCUGAUUGAUGUGCAUGGUGUGUUUUAAACCCCACAAUUGCUGGGUCUAACAGUCUCCUUUGAAAUCCAUGUUUUCCAGUAGAGGAUAACCAGGAUGACCGCAGCUAUUGGAAAGAGAAAUGGAAUUACUCCCAAUGCAUUCCUGGUGAACAAAAACAAUCUUGUACAACUUGCCCUUGAGGCUGAGCCAAGUCCAUAGCGUUUGCCAUGAUCAUACCCCUUGGGAUCCUGAGAGAAAAAGAGAGGCUUGUACUGAGGAAUCUUUCCAUUGUGUGGGUCAUAGGGAGGGAAAAGCCAGAAAGAGGGAGAAGGAAACACAUUUGUUCAUUCUCCCAAAGCCCCUAGUAAGGAGAUAGCAGAUCAUAGUCAGCAGAUUAUUAAUUCACAUGGCUAUGUAAAAGAUUCCUUUAAGCUUCAUUUUUCAGAGACCACCAUUUUAGAAAAUCAGAGAAAUCCUGUUUUGAUGCUUCUUAGUUAAAAUAAUUGUCACCGUUUAUCUGGUACUUCAUUUUCUUGACUAAAAUUACUUUUCACUUUAAGCUUGAAUAAAAAUUUUCAUUCAUAACUGUAUAUAAUUAAGUGGCAACUCCUCUUUACCUCAGUGCAGUUAAAACCAUCUUUUGAUUGAUAUACCCUGAAGCCAUUAAUCCAUACACCCCACUCUCUACAGUAACAGUCACCAACAGCAUGUGGACAUAGAACUCCACAGCUGUUUACAGAUGUGGUUACAUUGUGCUACAUGGCACUUACAUCAUGUUUCCUGAGGUUUGUACCCAUCAGGGCAGUUUGGCACUUACAUUCUGUUAGUACACCCAACUACACCUGGAUCUGAGCUUUCACAGUGCUUCUGAAGUACAUUUACAAAUACCUGGAGGGAAAAACUGUACCAGAGGUGAGGGACAUUACCAGAACGUAACUCCUGUUAGAGUGAAGUUACAACUCUGCGAAGGUGUUAAUAGGAAGUAGCUAGGUGAGUUUGGUUUCCAGGUCUGUCCCGACUGGCAGCUUCCUCUAUAGACAGUACUUGACUGUGCCAAUUUGCUAUAAGCGUCUGUUUCAUGUGUUUGCCAUGAAGUGAGUGUGGUAGGAAGGUGUGAAGAAAGUUAGGGUUUAUGGUGAAAGAACCUAGUGGCAGGAUUACAGGAAAAUCUCUUGACAUUGUGAUAAACUCAGUAAAGGCUUAGGAGAGAAUUCUGUCAAGUCUGCCACAAGAUGCUAACCAAUGUAUAAACUGAAAAGUACCAAUACUUUUUGCACAUAGAUCAAAGUAGUGGAGAACUUGGGCUCCAAAAAUCAGGUUAGUAGGCUCAGUUCCAUGUGCUUAAAAUGUUUCUGUUGUUAAUGCAUCGAUUAAGGGCUAGAGUAAGAAUGAAAUUAAAUGUCUUUUUCCUCUAAAUAACUGGUUAUUAGUGGUAAAGUGUUGGAUUUGGGGAUCACUGAGGUUGGUUUGUGGGUGGUGAUCAAGAGAAUUGGAGUUGGAGUUAGAGUCAGGAGAGAUGACAAAGCUUCACACCUGGGGUUUGAAUUUCAUUAGUAUUCCUGCCAGCUGUGUGACUUUGCUCUUCCUGGCCAGGUAAAUGUCCUGGUGACCCAGGUAAGUAGUGAACACAGGAUAUUUUACUUGCAAAUGCCCCCAUAAAUUGGCUCAUUUUAUUGGGUGGGAGAACAAAACUGGAAUUCUCUAUGAUGAGCCUGCCAAGCAGACAGAAGCAAGAGCAAUCGAUUUGGAGCGCUUUGCCUCAACUGCCGUGUGGCAUUAAUAGAAAAUUCUUUCCCACCCUCCCCAUCUUGAAAUUUUCUUUUUUAGGAUGUUGGUUCCUGCAAACAAGAACUGACCCUCUGCCUCCCAGUGGGUGCAUGUCUCACACGUCUCUCGAAAGGGGACAUGCUAUGUCGUUUACUGUACAGCAGAAGAAUGGGAGGAAAGAAGACAAAUUGUCUUAAUAGCCGUUGUUUCCAUUUUAAAACUACAAUUUUACUUAGUAAUUUUACUUUGAUAUCUCAUUUAGACUUCGCCAACUCUCCCUUUGUGUUGCUGGCCAAGCAUCACCACCAUUUCCAAAACCAUACCUGGUUUCACAUAAACUGCUAACUUAAAGAGGUGAAUUUGCAUUUACACUUAGACACUUUUUAAAAACAGGGUGAAAUUAACCUAAACUUUGCAGUGUUGAGUUACUGUUAUAGUAGCUGCCCUAGAGUUGCAAAAACAAGCUGUAAAAACCCAUCCCCUAUCUACUUAAUCCAGAUUGCCUGGAUUUAAUGAAGUUAAUCGUAUAAAAAUGAGCGAGUGUGUGCGUGUGUGUUUGUGUGUGUGUUUGAGAAAGAACUUGAUUCGUAAAAUAUUGUAGAAACAACUUUUAUGUUGUCAUUUUUACUGAACAUCUUGUGCACAUGUAAAGUGCCCUCUCUUGCGUUUAAGGCUUGGUUAAUGUCUAUUUUUAUAAAAAUGAAAUUGUGUCCCAUUUUUAACUUAGACAUUUACAUUAUCAGGAUCAACAUGCUAGAAUUAAAUCAUAACAUUUAUAGGUUCAGUGAGGGUGUUAGUGGCCCCUUGAGAGAGAGAGUGUGUGUGUGUGUGAGUGUGUGUGUUGAGGGAAAUAGAUCACAAAAGCAUGUACAUGCUUAUAAACCAAGCUGUAGAGAUCGUGUAAAGAACCUGGGUGUUGCUCUGGAGAUCUCUGGGCUGUGGGAAGUGGUAAGGCGUUGUGGUGUGAGUGGCUAACACAGAGCUGUUGGUGUGGAGUAACAGUUAACUAUGGACUGAAAGAUGUUCCGGAGGAUGUGUUCUUAAACUUUGGGGUUUGCUUUUUUAACUGCCUCUCAGAUUAUAUUUAGUAGUUUAAAUUUCUUUGUUUUAUUUCAUUAAAGUAUAAAAACUUCAGGUCACAUAUUUAUUUUCACUUGUUCUACUAAUUAUUUACAAGACACUUUUUGGUUGACAUUUUAUAAAUGUGUGGUAUAUUAAAUGUCUUUAUUUUUUUUUGUUUUAUUAAAAUUACAAUAACUUUGAUUUGCUUUACUGGGGUUUUUAGAUUUUAACUCUUACCUUUUCCGUGUCAGUGCAUAGCACUUCCGUCCUUUGUAUCCCCUUCUGUUGCGUCAAUAAACAGAAUGAGUGACUAA